GCGGUGGGCGCCGGGCCCCGCCGGGUCUCACCUCGUACCCCCCGGCCGCGGCGGCUCCCUGACGCCCGCCGUUGUGAUGCGUAUUCCCGUAGACCCGAGCACCAGCAGGCGCUUCACACCCCCCUCCACGGCCUUCCCCUGCGGUAAGAUGGGCGAGAACAGCGGGGCGCUGGGGGGUCCCGCACCGGGCGCCCGGGCUCGGCCCGAAGUCCGCUCCGUCGUGGAUGUAUUGGCCGACCACGCCGGCGAACUGGUGCGCACCGACAGCCCCAACUUCUUGUGCUCGGUGCUGCCGUCUCACUGGAGGUGCAACAAGACGCUGCCCGUCGCCUUCAAGGUCGUAGCCCUCGGAGAUGUGCCCGAUGGGACGGUGGUCACGGUGAUGGCGGGGAACGACGAAAAUUACUCGGCGGAGCUUCGAAACGCCUCUGCCGUGAUGAAAAACCAAGUAGCAAGAUUUAACGACCUCAGAUUUGUUGGGAGAAGCGGCAGGGGGAAAAGCUUCACCCUGACCAUCACCGUGUUCACCAACCCCACCCAAGUUGCCACCUAUCACCGAGCCAUCAAAGUGACUGUAGAUGGACCCCGGGAGCCACGAAGGCACAGACAAAAGCUAGAAGACCAAGCCAAACCCUUCACCGACCGCUAUGGGGAGCUGGAACGGCUGCGCCAGUCCAUGAGAGUCACCCCAACAACACCCAACCCCCGUGGAUCCCUCAGCACCCCAAGCCACUUUGGGUCCCAGGCUCAAACUCCAAUACAAGGCACCUCAGACCUCAGCCCCUUCUCUGACCCCCGGCAGUUCGAUCGCUCCUUCCCGACCCUGCCGGCCCUCACCGAGCCGAGGUUUUCCGACCCCCGGAUGCAUUAUCCCGGUGCCAUGUCCGCCGCCUUCCCUUACACCGCCGCUCCCUCCGCCACCGGCAUCGGGGGCAUCAGCAUGACCAGCAUGCCCACCACCACACGUUUCCACCACACUUACCUGCCCCCCCCUUACCCCGGCUCCACGCAGAACCAAAGCGGCCCCUUCCAGGCCAAUCCCUCUCCCUACCAUUUGUACUACGGCACUUCUUCGGGAUCCUACCAGUUUUCCAUGGUGGCGGGCGGGGAGCGUUCUCCCACCAGGAUGCUCUCUUCUUGUACGAGUGCCUCGGCUGGGAACAACUUAAUGAAUCCCAACUUGGGCAAUCAGAAUGAUGGGGUGGAUGCAGAUGGGAGCCACAGCAACUCGCCAACGACCAUGACAACUACUGGGAGGAUGGAUGAGUCAGUCUGGAGACCCUAUUAGGAGGAACUCAGCUGAGCACCCGUGUCUUUAACUUAAUCAGCCACCCUUCUGUUUCUCCUUUGGGUAGGGAAUAGGGGAAAAU